CUAUGAUUUGCAUCAUUCAAAUUUUGACUUUCAAGCAUGUAUAAGAAUAUAUUGGGUGAUAUGAAGGCCAUUUCUUUCAAAUUCGACGCGAAUUGUACUCCAGAUUGCAUGUAUAUAAAAGAACAUUCGCCUCGGAAUAAUGAUGCAUCGAAACCCCUAGGACGAACACUUUUUGUCGCCAGAGUGCCGUUAUAUUUGGAAGAGAAUGAUAUCAAGAAAUUAUUUUCAGCGGUUGGACCAAUAGUUUCAGUGAAUCUUCAGAAAAAUAAAUCUAAUAGUUAUGAGGACGAAGCUUACUUCAUGAAAGGAUUGCAAUGUGCAUUUAUUAUAUACAAAUCCAGAGAGAGCUUAGUGAAAGCGUUGAAUUUGGAUGAGUUAAAAACAUUAACGGAUGAAAAUUAUUCUCCGCUGAGGGGUCUGCAAAAAUAUGUGAAAAAGUAUAAUGAUUCCAUUUGUAGUCAUGCUGUUUUGUUGAAAGAAGCAAAAAAAGCAAUUAAGAUGCAGGAAAAAAUAGAAGCGUUGUUGAGUAAAAAUAAUGAUACAGUUGAAGACAGUUGCACUUUGAUGAUGUUGAAAAGUAAAAAUUCUGAUUCCAUUGGAAAACCUAUCACUAAAGAAAAGAAGCAACACAAAAAUUCAAAAACAUGCUUUCGACAUAAAACACUAAACAUGGAAAAUUCUACAGUUCCGAAAAGAAAAAAGAGGGAUAUAUUAGGCAAAAAAGAUCACUCAACUCAGUUCAGUGAACGUUUAUAAACUUUAUAAUCACUUGAUGAAUUUGAGCUUUUAUUGGAAUAAAAUACACAAAAAAUAUUUUU